CGACGGCCAAGAAAGCGGUGUGAGACCCAUUUCACAAAAACAGAGCAACAAGAAAAGAAAAGAUCAGAUUCAGAGCAACAAUGUCUGCAAUGUCUAUAAUCAAGAACACCAUGUUCAACCUUUCAAAGUCUUUCCCUCAAACUCAAUCCUCUCCUCUUCCUCUCUCUGUCUCUCUCCGUCCCAAAGUCUCUAGGGUCUGCUUCACUUCUGCUUCCAAACACUCUGAGGGAAGAAAUGAAGCAGAAGGAAGUUACAAGAAGGGGUAUGGGACUAGUGAUUCCGAUAGUGAUUUUGAAGAUAAAGCAUAUGAAAUGACUGAAAAAGCCAAAGAAAGAAUGAAAGAAGGCAUCGACAGAAUCAAAGAAAAAACCCAAGAAAUGAAAGACAAAGCAAAAGACCAUGCAGAGACCAUGAAGGACAAGACAAGGGACACAACAGAGAGAGCCACCGAGAAGGCGAAAGAAGGUACAAAUAAAGCUGCUGAAACCGCUCAGUACGCAAAAGAAAAAGCUAAGGAAGGGACAGAGAGCACGGCGGAGAAGACAAAAGAGCAAGCCCAUGGCAUGAACGAGAAGACUAAGGACGCGGCAGGGACGGUGGCGGAGAAGGCAAAAGAGGGGACACAGAAGGUUACUGAAACAGCGUGGAGCGCCGGAGAGAUGGUGGCGGAUAAAACGAAGGAAGGGAUGAGCAAGGCGGCGGAGGUGGCACAAAAUAUAGGAGAGAAGGCGAAGCAGACGGCGGCGGGGGCGUGGGGGGCGGCAAAGGAGACGACGCAGAAGAUCAAAGAGACGGUGGUUGGGAAAUCGGAGGACGAUGAGAAGGACAUUGAUGAUUAUAUUGAAGAUCGUGUGAGGAAGCCUAGGAAGGGGGAGCAUGAUAGUGAGAAGAAGUAUUGAAAGGGGGUAUUUCUGUCUUUUUCGAAGUGCAAAAUAAUUUAGCUAUGAUAGUGUAUGAAUUUUGAAGUGGUUUUUACUUGAAUAUGUUUGUUGAAACUUUUGCAAGGUUUUUUGAAUUUGUAGUAUGUGGAAAUGAAACUUUGAUAAAA